UUUUUAAGCCCAAUCCUCCAAACAAAUAAGCAGUCCCUAGUGUACUUGUCCAAAAAAAUAAAAGAAGAACAAGAGUGAGAAAGAAACCCUAGAUCUACGCCACCGUAUUUCUCUCUUCGCCAUGGUCACCAUCAAGCUCACCGUAGCAUCUGAGAUCAGAGGGAGAGUAAUCGGCGACGCCCGCGACGCCAUUUUUGCCGACAUCCAGGAGCAGGUUUCCAUCCUCAACUCCACUUUCUCAUGGAAGGAGUCAGAUCGAGCCGCCGCCAAGCGCACCACUCACGCGCUCGCCGAUCUUGCCAAAAAUGGUAAAUCCUCCAUUCCUCUUCCUCGAUCUUCUAGCGUGUGCUCCCUUCGUUUCGGUUUUUGGCAAAUUCGGUCGUGCAUGUCUCUUGGUGUAAAUUCUUCGGUGGUUGUGUCUUACAAAGGAAGUGGUGAACGUGAUUGUCAAAGGAGGAGCUAUUCCAGCUUUGGUUCAGCACCUCCAAGCUCCUCCCGUGACUGAAGAAGACCUCGUUCAGAAGCUGUUGCUGUUUGAGAAAGGGAGGGCUUUUGCACUUGGACUUCUUGCCGUCAAGGUGUUAAGCACAGACCUAUCAUUUUAAGGCCUCUGAAGGUGUUCUCAUAUGUCUCCUGUAUUUGCAACUUGUAGUUGAAAAUGAGGAGAACUUCAUUCCAAAGGUUGGGCAUUGGAAUUUCAACAAUAAGAAACUAGUUAAACUUAUGAGGAUUGGGCGCUGGCCGCUGAUUUUUUUUAUAUCCUGCUAUAGGGCCGCAGUUCGCACUUAACCUAGAGUUGAGAUGAUUCAGUCUUUAUUUAAGCCUGUUCCUUCCAAUGAUGGUAACAAAGAUGAAGGUAUCAUCAGACAGUUUUGACAAGGAAAAAUACUAUCACUAAAAUUGAAUUUCUAAAUGACCCCACCAUUUUUGGGUGGGAAUUGAUUAAUGAACCCCGUUGCAUGUAUGAUCCUUCUGGUGACACUCUCCAAAAACUUGACAACUUCACACAUUUUCUGAAGAGAGAACAAUGUUUAUGGGACUUGCUUCACAUUAUCCAUUAAACUGAUGAAGAGAGAUGUAACGAAUUCUGUCAUUAUGACUUAGUAACUUAUAUAUUUUCUAGAUUUGUUUAUUUCUAUUUAAGGAGUUAAAUUGACUUUCUAGAUAAGGAGCUCUGAUUUCAAUUUUACUACUCCUAAAAUUUCCUGAUUUCACGCAUUGCUUCCUAAAUAGCUUAGCAAAGAAGGAAAUCGUGGGAGAGUUGGUUAGGUGAGGUGUUGACUCGGUUUUACUCUCUUCCUGGCUCCUUCUGUUCUUCUUUCUUUCAACUGUGGAAUAAAACAUGGGGAGGGGAAAGAUAGAGAUAAAGAAGAUAGAAAACACGACGACGAGGCAAGUGACGUUCUCAAAGAGAAGGAACGGAGUCCUGAAGAAGACCAAGGAGCUCUCUGUCCUCUGUGACGCCCAGAUUGGACUCAUCGUCUUCUCCAACACUGGCAAGCUCUUUCACUACUCCUUUCACCCCUACAGGAUGGAUCAAAUAUAUGAUAUAAACAUGCAAAUUUUAUGGAAGAAGAUUUUUCCAGCACUCUUUGCUCUUUACUAUGAAGAUUGGCUACCUGAGGUCCUGAACAGGCUUAACAUUAAACAACUGGCAAGACCAUUGCAUCUGAGGCUUUGGUUUUUCUAAAUGUUAUUGCAGAAUUUCAUUGUGUAUGGUUAUGCUUGGACCAAAAUGACCGAUGAAGAAUUAAGGAAAAUGAUUAGCAGAACUUUAACAUGUAGAAUUGACAAGAGGAAAAGUUGUGAAGACAAAAUGGAUCAAUUCUUGAAAAGAUGUUUUUACCAUUCUGGUCUGUAUAACUCUGAGGAUGAUUUUUCAGACUUGAACUCCAAGCUGAAAGAAAAAGAGGGUGAAAAAGAUUCAAACAGGCUAUUUUAUUUGUCAAUACCUCCAAAUAUAUUUGUGGAUGUGGUGAAAUGUGCUAGCCUCAAAGCUUCUUCAAGAAAUGGCUGGACAAGGGUUAUUGUCGAAAAGCCAUUUGGCCGCGACUUGGAAUCAUCAAGUGAGCUAACAAGAUGUCCCAAGCAGUACCUAGCUGAAGAACAAAUAUUCAGGUGAAGGUUCUUAGAUCAAUGAGACCAAUUCAGUUAGAAGAUGUUGUUGUUGGUCAAUAUAAGGGCCGUGCUUUUCAUUGACAAUGCAAGAUGGGAUGAAGUUCCUUUUCUCAUGAAAGCUGGCAAGGCUCUCCAUACUAAACG